UCUUCUUUCCCAUCGAUGUGCGUGUAGGGUAAGAUUGCUGCUUUAUGGGAAUUCAUUUCGUAUCCGCUUCGUUUGCUAACCAUCGUUUAUCGUUUCACUGAAACAUAAUUUAACGUCCUUCUUGCCCUAAUAAAUUACAAAAAGAAAACAUGCCGCGUGAAAUUAAGGAAAUUAAGGACUUCCUGCUCAAAGCUAGACGAAAGGAUGCAAAGUCUGUUAAAAUUAAGAAGAAUGCUGAUAACGUCAAAUUCAAAGUUCGAUGCUCCCGUUUUCUAUAUACUCUCGUCAUCACGGAUAAAGAAAAAGCAGAGAAGCUGAAACAAUCCUUACCACCAGGUUUACAAGUAAAGGAAGUAAAAAGGAGCGAACGUGUAUAGAAUGACUAAAUAAACUAUCUUCAUAAACAUG